UGGUCCACCAUCAUCAUUUCGCUCAGAAAUCUGCAACGCCUCUUCUCGAUUCCACUGUCAUUUUCCCACCCAAGCCACGCAAUUCGAUUGAGCGGACAGAGAAGGCAGGCAGGCGCCAAACACCGAGGCAACGAUGAACAACCGGCCGCCCAACGAGGGCAUGCCGUAUUACCCGCCCUACCCCCGGCCCCCACCAGGCCACAGCGCACCACCCGGCCAGCAAAGUCACAUGCCGCCGGUGGGAGGCGGGUACGCGCCCUACCCUCCCGGUGUGCCUCCUCCGCCUAUGCACUACUACCCACACCCACCACCACCACCACCAGGAAGCGGGGCAUACAGCCAUCCACCACCGCCGUUUCCGCCAUAUGGACACUCGCAGAUGCAUUAUCCGCCACCAUAUCCUCCGCCUUAUCCGCAUGGUUAUCCCCCGCUCCCUCCGCAACAACCGCCUCAGAUCGAGUCGAGGCAACCACAGCCUGGGCCAUUGAGGCAUGAGGGUCGGUCUUCCGCGGGGCAUACGUCUUUGCCGGCACUGCGGAGACAUUCAGGGGCAUUCUCCCCACCGCCGUUGCCGCCUGGGUCUCACGCUCCAUCGCCGUAUGUGGAAUCACGACCAUCGGAUAUGCGUUCACUGUCGCCGCAGAAACAGCGAUAUGCUGCUGAUGAGCAAAGAACUGAGGCUCAGAGUCCGCAGAAACCUACGCAGAGGGAUCCGUCGCAAAGUGUGGAAGUGCCGGGUGCGACAACUCCCGCCCCGAUGUCUGAACCAGCAUCACCGGUCAAGGGGAUAGGGGAAACGCCCGGGCCAGCGGCCGUAGCCAUAACCUCCCUCUCGGACCUUCCCAAACAAGUUUUCCCCACAUCAAACAAGUCAAACCGAUUCCGAAAAUCAGGCGCGCAUUUGGAGGCAAUGACCGCCAAGACGCGGUCUGGUGCUGGGCUGGAAGGAGGCGAGGAAGAUUUUGACCCCUCGGAUGCGAGAGACGACGGGUUGACCGUUGCCCCGCCGCCGAUAUCCUCUACCAUCGUCGCGGGCGAGUUCCUGGGCCUCGACAGCAAGCGGGUGGAGUUGCCGAGUAAACGCAAACGGGUGGAUUCCGGAGACUAUCCCUGGCGUCGGAAAGGCCGGACUCCGUCGAUAGACGAGGGCAGCAGUGGCGGUGGUGGUGGUGGUGGUGGUGUGCCCCGUCGCACCGAACCGCCGUCCCGUAAAAAUGCGACCGAGAAUAACAACCCGCCGCCGGAUUGGAAUGGGAGAUGUACGGUGUGUGGGACGGACGACACGCCGCAGUGGAGACGGGGUCCCAAGGGUCCGAAAACGCUGUGUAAUGCGUGUGGAGUCAAGUAUGCGUUGAACGGAUUUGACGAGUCGGUGUUUGACAACUAUGAGAAGAAAAAGAGGCCGGCGAAGGUUACGGAGAUCAGGAACCGAACGGCGGAAAACAGGAACCGGGCGGAGAUCAGGAACCGACUGCUUGCCAAGAAGACACAGCAGGAAGAGGAGAGGGGGUCGGAUUCGAGUGAACAGACAUCCGACCAGGAUAGUGACCAUGAUAACUCCGACGAUUCCGACGGCGAGUCGGACGAUUCGGCAGACGCCAUCCGCAUCAUCCGAGGCCCAGAACGCAACGCCGCGGGUCGGGUGAAUCUCAACAAACUCGCCCCGAAACCUGCCUCAUCACAUCGGAAACAGAUCGUCGCUCGCCCGCCGCACCCGCGUCUCGUCCUCCCCAGCGACGGCCGGUACGACUCCACCGUACCCUUGGCUGCGGGUGCCGCCAAAAAGCGCGGACGGCCGUCCAAGAAGGAUCUGGCAGCUGCGAGGGCAGAGACGAAGGCGGUCAAUCUGGACGGGAGUAAAACGAAACGGCGCAAAGUGGUUGUGGGGCGAGGGGAUCUGGAUAGUGAGGAUGAGGAUGUUGACGUUACGGGAGAGGAUAAAGCGGAUGAUACCCGGGGCGCGAGGCAGAGUAGUAAGAAUGGGAACGGGAAAGGGAAACAUGGCCGACGGGAGGAUGAACCCGCAUCGCGUAAUGGCAAAAAGGGUGGGAAAAGCAGCAGUACCUCCAAAUCCCACAAGAAGAAACCCUCCACAACAGCCGCCUCCUCCUCCUCGAAAUCCAAACACGCCCCACCACCACCCUUACCCCCCGCGCGCAAAACCGGCAAAAGCGGCGCCUUCAUGGACGAGGUCGACGACUCCGUCCUCCCGUCCGCCCUCAUCAAUGUCACCGCCCCCUCCACACCCUACCAUUCCCGCCCCGGUUCCCCGCACACCAGCCAGACCUCCACCGCCACGUCGGUCACCUCAUCCUCCUCCGACGACGAGAACCCCGCGAUAACAAAAGCGAAACUCGAGCAGCAGAUCCUGCAUUUCAGACACCGACUUUUCGUCAGCGAGGCGGUCAACCGACGACUGAAGGAGGUGCUGGGAGAGUUGGAGGAGGAGGAUGACGGGUGCGAUACACUCAUGGCAAGCGUUAUUGAGAAGACUGUAAGAGCCGUGAGGAGAUGGGAGGAGGCACAGGAGGUAGCGGUUGAGGAGGCGCGGAGACGGGAUGCGGCAGUUGAUGAUGAAGACGACGUAGAUAAUACGAGCGCUCCGAAUGAUCCGGUAUCACCUAAAUCAGGGACGAAGAUAAAGGCACACAUGUCCUCAUCACGGCACCACACCCCCACCACACCUCCUACGACACACCAGCACCGUCGACCCCACCCGACCGCCAUCCUCCUCGACCACACCCGCCUUGAAGCCGAAGAGAUUCCGACCCUCAUGACCUUUUGCCGCGCGGUCAAGAAUAGGAACUUGAGGACACCUGCUGCCCUUCUCGCUGCUCCGCCUCCAUCAUCAUCAGCAGUACCGGUGCCGCAAGCGGAAGCGAAGCCGGGCGCGGGGGGUGAACAGCACCAGGCAGCGCAAAUCCUGACCGCCUUGGCCGAGGUGGGGAAAACGAAAAGUGGGGCGGGUGGCGCGGCGAGUGGUGCGGCAACGCAGCAGCAGACGAUAACGGCCCCCUCGCAGCAGCUGACUGCUACCGCCCGAUAGCGACCGAUAGACUGGGCAUGUCUUCUGCAUCUUGUGUGCCCCCACAGGCAAAUCUCAUAUCCCCG